AUGAAGCACCAUCCUGAACAGUUUGCACCUGUCCUUGGCUCACCCUUUAACUACGUCACACCUGAAAAGCUCUCAGUUGCCAUUGACAAUGGCAACUAUGCUCCACGUCCAGCGCCGGCCUUCGAUAUGUCGCCACAAUCCACGACGUCUUCAACUUCAAGCGACGGCACUUUUGAUUCAUUUGAACGGAGCCAAUCGCGUGUCGUUUAUUUCGUCGACGCUCCACCAUCGCACUUGGCCUCCAUCUUGCCUCGCAAUGGUCUCAUUCCAACGAGCAUAUGGGUCCGUGACGGAGUAGUGUGGGCGCUCUUUCACAGCCAUCGGGAGGCUCGCGCUGCAUUGUCUCUUUCUUCUCCCCGUUUCAUCGUUGCCCCAGCUCUGGAAGCCGACCUCCUCGAAGUCCUAAAGCCAAAGCCGAAUGCUACUAUGAGCAAUCCCCGUGUUUCUGCACCAACAACACCCGCUAGUGGCGUCCCGAUGGCUUGUGAAGAAUACACGCUUUCAAGUAACCCCCCGAACGCACGAAAUACCUUCCGGCAGGGUGACUGGAUAUGCCGUUCACAAAACUGUGCCGCCCAUAACUUUGGACGCAACUUGACAUGCAUCGGUUGUGGCUCUUCUCGUCCCACCAAUGGCUCUCCGACAAUGGACAUGGGUCAUCACCACAGCUUCAGCCACCCUCCCCCAUCUUCGCGUGCUCCCAUCUCACCGCGUUUCGUGAGCGCCAACUCUCCGACUAACUAUGGCUUUCCUCCACCUUCCCCUCGACCUCAACCUUCCCAGCCAUUACCAGUCAAUCUCCCACUGUCGUCGACUCUUGCGGCGCUCAACAAGGCUGCCUCAUCUGGCUACCCGAUACUCACACCGUCUGGCAGAGCCUUUGCCGUGGGCGGUAAAGUUCAAAAUGUGUCGAGCGACCCUCUCACACCGUGUAUCAUGUAUUGGCCCGACAACGAGCCGUUUCCGGAGCAAGGUCAAAUUCGGCCGAGCAGUCUAAUGAAUGUCCCCCAACCCCCCAUUCUCAACACAGGGAAUCGAGGUCCGAUAUCGCAUCAACCUGGCGAUUGGAUCUGUCUCAAGUGCAACUAUCUAAACUGGAGACGGCGUAAAGUUUGUCAGACGUGCUUGCCAUAUGCUGAGGGUAACGGCGACUCGAUCUCGGCGGCUGUUCAAGCAGAACGCAUUGCGCUCCUCACUUCUGUCCUUGCACAAACUGGAAUCGACUCAACGCCUUCUUCGCCCUCACCUCCGCUUGUUCAUCAACUCCCCGCUUUACCCACCGGUCGUUCACAUUCCGCGACGCCCGCCCAUGCUCAUCGUUCAUUUGUCAACGUUACGCCGCCUCGUGGAGUACAUCGGUCGCAGUCACACAGCGAACUGGGCUCUGGGUCAUUUCCUAUCUAUGAAACCUCCCGUUACCAUGGCCAGCCAAGCCCCCUUCACCGUCCAGUCAUGAUGAGUCCUCCUGUCCAACCUUUGCCUGCCCCAGCCCCGGCUCCGCUGCUCCCCUCGUUUCUGCAGGACAUUAUUCAGUCGCCAACGCUAUCUCCAGCGUCGACUUCUUCUGCCGAUCUGUCAUUUGACGAAUACGAGGAUAAUCGGAGUUUGUCAUCAUCAACACGGUCGACGUUUUCUGGGGGAGACUCCCCAUUAGCGAACAUCUGGCGCUUAGAUGGCGAAGAGACGAAAUCAAUCCCUGGCGCUACUUUCCCACUUCCUCUUCGUCGCGAACGGGGCGGUGCUCUUGGUUUGGCUGGCGCAGACAGUGCAGCGAGUAGUCGCAACAGUAGUCUUGAACGGCUCGGUCGUCGUCGCCCUUGA